AUGACAGGUCAGACAUCACCAAUGGACACCGGCACCAGCAGCAGCAGCAAUGCUGUGGCCAAAGGGGAUGUUCAGGCCACCAGAAAGCUCUUUGAGACGCGGCCGCUGGACCGGCUGGGGUCGCGCCCCUCCCUGCAGGACCCCAGCCCCCUGGAGCUGCGGGCGGAGCUUCAGGAGCUGCGGGGUGACGUGAAGACCACGGUGGCGCUGUUUCAGACGCAGCCGCUGUGCGCGCUCCGGGACGCCGGGGGCGCCAUGCACGAGGUGCGGGCGGCCUGCCGCGAGGAGAUCCGCAGCCACACCGUCAGGGCCGCCCGCUGGCUGUUCGAGACCAGGCCCCUGGAUGCCUUCCAUGAAGACCCGGGCCAGGUGCGGGUGAUCCGGGGCAUCUCCCUGGAGGAGGGGGCCGGGCCCGAUGUCAGCGCCAUGCAGUGGGUGUUCGAGACGCAGCCCCUGGACGCCAUCCGGGAGGUCGUGGUGGACGAGCGGCAUUUCCAGGCGUCUCCAGAUCUCAUCCUCGACGGGCCCGGGGUUCGACGGCAGCGCCAGCUGUUCGAGACCCGGCCCCUGGAUACACUGAGAGGAGAAGAAAAUGAAGGGGAGGAAUCAGAGGUGGAGGCACACUCCCCACCCAGGGAAGCCGUCCCCCCCGGCCACGUCCGAUCGACCCUGUGGCUAUUCGAGACCACACCCCUGGAUGGUUUCACACCCCAGGUUCAAAUGGGUGAGCUCCAGAAAGUGGGGGGCCAAGGAGGGGAGGGGUCCCCAGCUCCAGAUGCCCCCCAGGAAGACACGUUGAAAGGGGACGUGAAAGCCUUUCAGCAUCUCUUCGAGACUCUUCCCCUGGACAAGAUUGGUGGCCAGGAUGAGUUUUCUUCCAUCCCAGGGAAUAUUACUAGGGCAGGAACAGGAGAGACCGCUUCAAGGUCAUCCCAGGAUCCCAGCAACCCCGUGUACGCCAUGCAGGAUGGCAGAGGCCGGCUGUACGCCCUGACCUCAGUCAGCAGAGAGCAAGUGCUUGGGGGCGACGGCCGGGGUUACAGGUGGAUGUUUGAGACUCGGCCGUUGGACCAGCUAGGGGGUAGUCCUGAUAAGGUGGAUGUUGUUCGAGGCAUCACAAGGCAGGUGAGGAGUGGCGAUGUGGCCACUGCCCAGUGGCUCUUUGAGACCCAGCCCCUAGCCACGAUCCACGCACAGGCCCAGCGGGAAGAGAGAGAGGGCGCCCCGCCGGACACCUUGCCAACCAUCCGGUGGUUCUUCGAGACGCAUCCCGUGGGUGCAUCGUCGGCCACGCAGGGAUCAGAGACCUCUUGCACGUGGCUGUUCCAACCUGGAACUCAGGACCCGGUGGACAGCGGCAGGGAGCGGCACCUGCAAGCCGACCUGGUGGAAGGUGGGCACGGACAGACAGACAGACACGUGUUCGACACGGAGCCCCUGCAGGCCUCCUGCCGGCCAGGGCUGGUCAGGAGCUGGAGCCGGGUUCAUAUCCCUUCUGGGCAGGUGUGUCGCCACCAAGAGAUCUGCCAGUCUCCAGAGAAGGAGGAAGAGGAGGCAGAAAGUUCUAGAACCCACCCGGAUCCCGGGCUCACCCCACCCGCGUGCAAAUUCACCUGGCUCUUUGAACAGGGUGAGGUCACUUCCUCUGGACAGAACCUUCCGGAAGGCCCCGAGGGGGAGACCCGGGGAGCCAAGGAGACGCUGGAGGUUCUGGGCAGCGGUGGGGUCCUGGUGGAGGCCCCCGAUCUCCAAGGAGCCCUACAGAACCUGCGGGAGGCUGUGGCGGAGGCCAAGGACCUGCGUGAGCACGCGCUGGACAGACACCCCCUGCAACGCACUCCUGCAGUUCCUGCCACGCACACGCACAACGGGCUUCCCCAUGCCCCAGCCACCACCCUUGGGGUCCCCUCGGGUGAACACCUCAGGCCCGGGGCAGGAGGGGACCCCGAGAUCCCAGAGGUCAGUGGGGGACCGGAUUUACCACCCAGGGGCGCUGUUCAGGACGGCGUCUACACUGCUCACCCCCUGCCACGACCAGGCCCCGGCCUGCUCUCCCAGGCGGCCAUGGUGGAGAUGCAAUCCGGAGGAAUGCAGUCGGCCCGCACAACCCCCUUCUUCAAAACCCCAGCGAGCCUCCUGCUGGCCGGAGCCACCCUGGAGGGACCACAGCCCCCCUGGACGGAGGUGGCCGUGAGUUCUAGGAUGACAUUGGGGGAACAUGGCCAGGCCGACAACGUGAACCCCAGUGAGUUCCAGAAUCUCCUGGAAGAUUCCAGAACCUUCUAG